AUGUCAUCCGAUCAAGGAUCAUCAUUUACAGCUGCUGAUCAAACUGCAAACGACAAUAAAUCGAAUCAGUGUAACCCAAACAAUGCUGAAUACAGUGGUCACCAAUUGGGAUACACAGGCACAGGCGAUAAAGCUGAUUUGGACAAUCAUGCAAAUCAAUUAAAUCCAAACAAUUCGAACUAUCAAUCAGGUGGUUCGAAAUAA